AUUAAACUAUACAUCACACUCGUUUAGCAACAAAAAUCAAACAUUUCCUAUCAGCAAAAACAAAAUUUACCAUAUAUUGGUAGUAACUAAGUAACAUAGUGUUUCACAAGAGAGUUUUGCAAGCUGAAAAGGUGAGAUAGUGUUAUUAUGAAGAAGAAUUCUGGUACAUCUCAGAAGCUAGGUUCAUUCUUAAGUCCAAAAGCACCAAACUACAGCGAAAAAAACAUAGAGAACAAAAAUGGUUGGAAUUCAGAGAGAUUAUUGCAUCCAACAAGAAGCAGCAAUAGAAGACAAGGUUUCAACAGUGGAAGAACAAUACCUUCCAAAUGGGAUGAUGCAGAGAGAUGGAUUUCUAGUCCAGUUUCUGCUUCAAGCUAUACAAGUAAUAGUAACAAUAAAAGUUGCUAUGUUCAAAAUCAGAGAAGACCCAAAUCAAAAAGUGGUCCAAUUGUGCAACAAGGAACAACUAAUUACUACUCAAAUUAUUAUUAUUCACCUACAAUUCCACUGAGACAUGGUUUGGUAGUGAAAAACUUUAUGAUGGGUGGUUCUCCUUUUACAACUGGAGUGUUGGCACCAGAUGUUGUUUCUCUUCAACAUUAUUAUGCACAUGAAUAUGAUGGUCCAGUUUAUGAUAUUGAUGAUAAUAGUAGUUCAAUGCUUAAUGAAAAUGGUGUUGUUCUUUCGUCCGUGUUUGACGCACCUUCGUGGUCGGAGUUGCUUUCCGAUCCAUCUUCGCCAAAUUCUCAUGAUGAGAAACAUGAUAGAACUAAGAAUGAGGACACUGUGGUAUCUUCUAACUCAAAAAUUGAUAAAGGGACUCAAAUGAGCUCUCCAGAGACUGAAAAUGAGGACCAUUCAUCUACAAAAUCUUCCUCCCCCAAUUUGGCCAUGGAUCAAAAAAUUUGCCAUUCAGCAAAGUUAGAUGUCAGAGAUGUGCAGGUAGACUGCCAAGCUAAUGUUAUUAAAUGGUCUAAAAGUUAUGCAUCUAAGCUAAGUUCUUCACAUGGUAAAGAAUUGAAGCGAAGUAGAACAGAAGCCAAUACUUCAGGUUUGGAUAUUGCAGAGUCAAUGUCUGACACUUCCAGUUCCAAGUUUGAGAGAGAUGAAGCUAAAAUCAUUGCUUGGGAGAGCUUGCAGAAAGCAAAGGCUGAAGCUGCAAUACAAAAACUUGAGAUGAAAUUGGAAAAGAAGAAAUCGUCAUCAAUGGAUAAGAUUCUAAACAAGCUGAGAAGGGCGCAGAUGAAAGCUGAAAAGAUGAGAAGCUUUACACCAGAUCAACAAGAACAGCAUGUUUCCAAGACAUGGAAAGUAUUUUCAUUCCCCAAAUAUAGCCAAAUAUGGCCUCCAAGCAGCUGCUUCUGCAGCCAUGCUCCGUGAUCGAUCCCAAGCACACGUUCCCCUUGUAGUUUUUUUUAAAAUUUUUCAGGUAAACUCAACAGGAACACCAUAUUUCAAUGACAUGUAUACGUAAAUAUUUUUAAAUAUGAAUACCAUAUUUUCUUAAUGCCAUUUGAUGUAUUUUGGCACCA